AUGGACUCCGAAAAAUCAUAUUUACCUUAUAAUAUUUUCGUGUACCGUGCUGAGCUUUGUCGUCGUCGGCGUAAGGUUAUCACCCUUAACAAGAUGAAAAUCGACAUCACGCAAGAAUUGAUCGCUAAUUGCUCCAAGAAACUGUGGGAAUGCGACCAGGAAGACAUCGAGGCUUUCAGUAGGCAGCUGUCGUUCAGAGAUAAACUAUUGCAGCAACAAAAUUAUUUAUGCGGCAGAACAAAUGCUACUUGCGAAACGGAGGUUGAGGAAAGUGUGGAUAAAAACAUGGAGUUUCUCGAUUCCGUUAAUUUCAAUUUUCAGACGAUAAAUUACUGGUGAAGACGAUAUGAUGAGAGAUGUGGGUUAAGAAGAAAUUGCCGGAUUAAGAGUACCGUAAACUAUGUUGUUGUUACUGAUUUGAA